AUGUCAAUCCAACAAAAUCUGGAGAAAGCCGUGUCCACGUUGCGGAAGCGUCUGUAUCAGGCAAUAGAUCUGACCGCCGGACCGAUUGAUGAGAGCAUGAAAGAAAAUGAAUUGGUUUUAAAAUUCCAAAGCAUUGAUGUCAUGCUUCGUAACUUGGAAAUCAAUCUUCCUGACAUCAAAGCUUGGGAAGACAAAGUCGAGAAGCAAUUCACUGAAAUGCGGCUCCAAAUUUACAAAACUUUAACGCAUGCCAAGAGUAAAGCUGGUGACAUCAAGGUCGAUCUGCUGCUAGUUGAAGACAAAAUUGAAGAGUUAAACAAUGCAUUGCUGCCACCAGACCUUGGAAGAAAUUGCUGCAAGUCACAAGGUGAGAUAUUUAAAAGGGCUGGGAGGAGAAAAGUGUUGAGAGAGUGGAAAGAGCAAGGAGUGGAAAAGAUUAUAUAUGAAAGCUUGGCUAUACUGAAUCUCCAGGCAAGUUAUGACAGUCUUGAGAAACUUGAGUUGAAACUCUGCUUUCUCUUUCUCUCUGUUUUCCCAGAGAAUGCUAUAAUAAAAAAGAGGCCAUUGAUCUACUGGUGGAUCGGCGAGGGAUUGAUAGUGGGGACUGCUGAAAACAAGACAGCUGAGGAAGAAGGAGAAAGUAUCUUUCAGGAAUUAAUAGAGCUAGAGCUCAUCGUGCCAUACCAUGAAAUACCCCACAAACCUAGCCCAGUUGUCAAAGCAUGCAAAAUGCAUCCUUGGAUUCGUCACAUGGCAAUCUCUUUGGCUCAAAAGGCUGACCUGUUUGACUUCGAUUCCUCAGGAUCACCAUCUUAUGGUAACUCUAGAUGCCGACGUGCAUGCUUGGUUUUGGGUAAUCACAAUUCGUCUGCUGUUACUGAUUCAAAAGAGGAAAAUUUGUUAACAGUGUUCAAUUUAAGUGAGCAAUAUCUUGAUUUGAGUCCCGACUGGCUUCAAAAGUUGAAGAAGGUUGAGGUGCUUCAGCUUGGGGCAUGGCAUUACUCACCUAAACAUCACAUUGAAGUCGAAAAGGAAGAAGUUUUAAGAGGCCUGGGGGCGCUAAAGCACUUGAAAUAUCUCAGCCUCCGAGGAAUAUCUCUAAUAACCAAACUUCCUUCAUCCAUUGGCGAACUGCUUGCCCUUGAAAUUCUUGAUCUCAGAGCGUGCCACAAUUUAGAGGAAUUGCCUUCUGAAACGGGGUCUUUGAUGAGGCUUACCCAUCUUGAUGUGUCUGACUGUCCCUUCUUAGAAAGCAUGCCAAAGGAGCUUCAGAAUCUCAUUCGUCUUCAUGUGCUCAAGGGUUUUGUGAUCGGAAACUCAAAAACUUCCUGCAAGAUAGAUGACCUCUCUAAUUUGAAGGAACUGAGGCGGCUUGGUAUAUUUAUAGGGAAUGAGGCAGUAGUCCGAGAAGGGGAGUUCACAAAACUGAAGGACAUCGGAAAACUUCACAGCCUAACAAUAUGGUGGGGAGUAAAAAAAUCCAGGGAACCACCAAGAGGAAAGUCUCCAGCACUAUCUAAACUGAAGUCCAUGAGAUUAGCUGCCAUGGCUGACUUAGGCACUCAGGCAAAUCCACCAACAGAACUGAAGCCCAGUACACUGAAGAAGUUAAAAAAACUCUACGUAAGGGGAGGAGAUAUUACGAAGUUGUACGAUGGGGAAAAAGAUCAACAGUGGAAUGUUGAAGUUUUGCGUCUCAAGUUUCUCAAGGAUUUCAAGCUGAACUGGAAACAACUGAUGCUAACAUUCCCUCGGCUUGGUUUUUUAGACGUCAAAUGUGACCAGAGUGAAAAUAAACAAGAAGAGGAUUUGAAGUAUAAAGAAGAUUUCGUGUUAAAAGGCAGGUCUGAAAUAGAAAAGUACUACAAGGAGAAAGAAACUUCGGAAGAGGAAGAGAAGUUUAAGAAGAAUGUCAUGCCACCAGAAAAUGAAAAUUAUGAGGAACGAAAAUCUUUGAAAAAAGAUAACCGUGGGGAGGAAGCGUUAGCAAAUAAAGGUAAGGGAAAGGAAGUAAUAUCGGAAAUUAUGAUCGAAAAAGCCAGUUCCGGUUACGAUCAUUCCUCGCAGUAG